AUGGGUAGAAGAGCUAAGAAUAAACAGGGAGCACCACCCUCCUUUGAAGAAAUUCAGAAGGUUAAGGAGAAGAGAGAAAACAAGAAGAGAAGAAGCACUGAAUCUAAGACCGCAGAGCCUAAGAAAAAGAGUAAGAAGAAACCAAAGCAUGAUAAACCAGUUAAAGUUGUUGAAGACGAAGAUGAAUUUCCAGCAGGUCUUCCAGAAGUUGAUUAUGAUAAAUUAGCCAAAGAAAAGAAGUCUCUCUUUGAGGAUUCCGAAGACGAAGAGGUUAGAGUUGAGACAUUGGACGAUCUACCAGACGUCGGUGAUGAUGAGUAUGAUUCGGAUGAAGCUAAAAGAGCCAAACCUAUCUUUUCAGAUGAAGAGGAUGCUGGAGAUGAUAUAGAGAUGGAAAAAAUCAAUGCCAAUAAUAUGGAAAAGUAUUCCAAGAUGCUUGACGAAGAGGCUGAAGAAGAAGAACUAGAGGCUGAAGAAGAACUUUUAGAAGGACAAAAUGAACAACCAAGACCCAAAAUCUUGCCAGCACUAGAUGAAGGAGAAGAAGGAGAGGACAAUGCACAGAGUCAUGAUGUUACAUUUGUGAGGACCAGAAUGCUUGAGAUUGUGAAAGUCUUGGAGAACUUUAAGAACUUGGCGGAAGAAGGCCGUAGCAGAGCUGAAUAUAUUGAUAGACUCAUCAAAGAUAUCUGUGAAUAUUAUGGAUAUACACAAUUUCUUGCUGAGAAAUUGUUCAAUCUCUUCACUCCUUCUGAAGCCAUGGAGUUUUUCGAGGCCAAUGAGGUCCGCAGGCCCAUCACUAUUCGUACCAACACUUUGAGAACUCGUCGUAGAGACUUGGCUCAGGCUUUGGUUAAUAGGGGAGUGAAUUUGCAACCAAUCGGACCUUGGACUAAAGUGGGACUUCAAAUUUUUGAUUCCCAAGUUCCUAUUGGUGCCACUCCCGAGUAUUUGGCAGGUCAUUACAUAUUACAGGCUGCAUCUUCUUUCCUUCCUGUUAUGGCACUUGAUCCUCAUCCUAAUGAGAGAAUUCUAGAUAUGGCUGCUGCUCCAGGUGGUAAAACUACAUAUAUUUCCGCUAUGAUGAAGGGCACCGGAGUCGUGUUUGCAAAUGAUUCCAACAAGGUUAGAACCACGUCUCUUGUGGCCAAUGCUCACAGACUUGGGUGUGAAAAUGUUAUCGUUUGUAACUAUGAUGCUAGAGAAUUUCCAAAGGUGAUAGGUGGAUUUGACCGUGUAUUGUUGGAUGCUCCUUGCUCUGGUACUGGUGUCAUCUCCAAAGAUCAGAGUAUUAAGGUCUCUCGUACUCCGAAGGACUUUAUGCAAAUUCCCCAAUUGCAAAAACAAUUGUUAUUGUCUGCCAUAGAUUCUGUUAAUGCUCAUUCUGAGACUGGUGGUGUGAUUACAUAUUCUACCUGUUCUGUUACCGUCGAGGAGGACGAGGCCGUUGUUGAUUAUGCUCUAAGAAAGAGACCUAACGUCAAAUUGGUGGAGACUGGCUUGGCUAUUGGUAAAAAUGGAUUCACCUCUUAUCGGGGAAAGACUUUCCACACGAGUCUUUCUCUCACUCGAAGAUACUUUCCUCAUACUUAUAAUGUGGAUGGUUUCUAUGUGGCCAAGUUCAAAAAGAUCGCUUCAUCUCCUCAUGAUGUUUCCAAGGCUGGUGCCAAAGAGAAGGAGAAGAGUGUUCGUGCAGAUGAAAAAGAAGAGGGUCUUAUUUUCCACGACUUUGCCAAAUUUGAUGAUAAAGAAGAUACAGAUAUCAUGAAGGAAUCGAUUAAACGUAGUCUGAAGAGAAAAGGUAUUAAUCCAAAGGGUGUCAACGUGGACAGACAGUUGAAAAGAAUUGAAGAAAACAUCAAGAAAGCCUCUGAAGAGGAAGAAGAAGAAUAA